CCAGAUCGUGUCAGUCGUGCCCGAUCCGCGCGGGAGUUAGGGUAGUGUCGAAGAUUCGGAGUAUCCGUGUACAGAAACCCCGCGAGAUGACGAUAAUCGAAGAAUUUCCCGUAAAAAAAGCUCCGUCGUAACAAUAUUGAAAGGAGCUGUAAAAAUCCGUCCGACAAUUAAACAAACAGUGAACUAAUAUCGUUUAUCGAAUUCCCGGCGCACGAGAGAGAAGGACCAGCAUCCUUGGUUAGCCGUCGAAGGAACAACCCCUAAAACCUUGACUUAAAAUGUAGCAUCGUGCCCCAUAUGCGACUGGCCCACUCGAUAUAACUGAAAGUAGCACCGAGCUGCAGGCGAGACCGAGGACUAGGGAAAGAAGAGAAUCAUCUCUAAUAUGGUAACUAAGAUUUAGUGAUCUCGGCGAGGAGGUGGUAGGACGAACCUUUUGGCGAUCGGGUGCUGCGCUGGAGAGGUGGAUGAAUGUUGUACCUGACCUGCAGCAGUGGGCUGAAUCCAGGUGUAAUUGCGGCGAGGAUCAAGGUGUAUAGAAUGAAGCCGAAGUCCUGCAAGAACGUCGUUCACAGUAUAUUGUACGCUGGCGUUCAGUCGAAGAAAGCCCACCGCAAGCGGAGCCUCAGCCGAGAGAUAUGACGGUUUCGGGGAAUAUUUUAACCUCCGAAUAGCGAUAGAAAAGAAAGGCAUUAUCUUAUCCAGGUUUGCGGGGCAACGGAUUUCAAGUUAAGUGUACUGCCAACGAGACAGAAGCUACGGAUUCGCGGCAUCGAGGCGAGGAUGACACUCCAAUGGGACAAACUUUCGCCCGCGGAGUUUCAACAACUUCAGGAUCUCGCUGCCUAUUCACCGAGGAAACUGCAAGAUGUAUUGGCCACCUUUUGCGGGUCUACUACCACACCAGGAGGAGUGCAAAAAUACCAUCCGGACGGGGUGAGGAAUUUUGAAUACCUGGAGAACAAAUUCAGAGACAUUGAUUACGAUGGAUUCCGCAAGUUCCUUGACAGUUAUCUCGAGGUGGGCGCCCCAGAUGAGCUGGCCAGGCACCUCUUCCUCUCCUUCGUUAAAAAGGGGCCAAAUGCAACGGACACGAAGGCGCUCAAGAACAUUUCGUUACAACGUUGCGUACAGGAAAUGGCUGUUCUAUCAUCGACAACUGCCUGUGCGGUAAUAACUUCGCACACGACGUCAAACACCAAUGUGAACAGCACAGGGUUGACUGGAAGUGGUGGAGGCGCGUCUGAAAGUCACUGCGGAGGAUCUUCGUUUGUAGAUAAAUUUCACGGUCUUACAGAGAAGCUACAGGCUCUCGGGCACCACAGAAGCGACAGCGAAACUUCUGCGAGAGCUCGAACAGGCAGUGUACAUCCUAUGCUGACUGUAACGCACACGUCGUACAGCUGUCACGACGUGUUGGAAAAAAAAAGCACAGACAGCAGCCCGAGCCACAGCCAAAUGUCCCGAAAUUCAUCCCGAAAAUCUAACAACUCCCUGUUCGUUAACAAUGGAAAAUUAGAAGAAAUUAGACACCUCGCCAGGAAACAGAGCAUGAUAGAUGUGCACACCGUCAAAGUUAGCUUGAAAGAUAUCGUCUGCUACCUUUCUUUGCUCGAAGCUGGCCGACCCGAAGAUAAGCUAGAAUUCAUGUUCCGGUUGUACGAUACUGAUGGGAAUGGGGUCCUCGAUCGAAACGAAAUCGAUUGCAUAGUAAACCAGAUGAUGAAUGUUGCGGAAUAUCUUGGAUGGGAUGUGACCGAACUGAAGCCGAUUCUACAAGACAUGAUGAUAGAGAUUGACUACGAUUCGGAUGGAACAGUUUCAUUAGACGAAUGGAAAAGAGGGGGCCUAACGACAAUACCGCUACUUGUACUUUUGGGACUAGAUUCGCACGUUAAAGAGGAUGGUAAUCACCUCUGGAAGCUGAAGCACUUCAGCAAGCCAGCCUAUUGUAACCUUUGUCUCAACAUGCUUGUAGGUUUGGGUAAAAAGGGAUUAUCCUGUGUCUUUUGUAAAUAUACUGUCCAUGAAAGAUGCGUACAAAGAGCGCCUGCCUCUUGCAUAGCAACUUACGUCAAGAGUAAAAAGACUUCUCAAACAAUGGCCCAUCAUUGGGUCGAAGGUAACUGCCAUGGGAAGUGUUCAAAGUGUAGAAAGACGAUAAAAAGUUACAACGGUAUCACGGGACUCCACUGUCGAUGGUGUCAAAUAACUCUCCAUAACAGAUGCGUUUCUCAAGUCAGAGCCGAAUGUACACUUGGAGAAUAUGCAGCCCACAUCUUACCUCCAACUGCCAUUUGCCCUGUAGUUAUAGACAGGCAACGAUCGUUGUCCAGGGAUAGUAAGAGGGGCAGUAGAUAUGGUCAAGAUAAUGCGUCUAGCACAUCUAAUGCCGCAGUUUCCAGGGGAAGUUCGUCCAACCAGCAGCCUGCGAUGUCUUUUCAGAUAACAUUACCACCAGGGGUAACGCCGCUCGCAGUUUUUAUAAAUCCAAAAUCUGGCGGUAGGCAGGGUGAAAAAAUGCUGAGGAAGUUUCAGUACAUACUAAAUCCAAGACAAGUUCACAAUUUGGCUACCGGUGGUCCAAUGCAAGGGCUCCAAAUGUUCAAGGAUGUGGAAAACUUCAAAGUUAUUUGUUGCGGGGGAGAUGGGACUGUUGGAUGGAUAUUAGAAACUAUGGACCAUGUCCAGUUCUUACAGCAGCCUGCAGUAGGAGUAAUACCACUGGGAACAGGCAAUGACUUAGCUAGAUGCUUGCGUUGGGGUGGUGGGUAUGAGGGGGAAGCAAUUUACAAGGUUUUAAAGAAAAUAGAAAAAGCUACGCCGGUAAUGAUGGACCGAUGGCAAAUCGAAAUGAUAGACCAAGAUGAAGAAAGAAAACCAAAUCAGGAUUCCAUACCGUACAACAUAAUCAACAACUACUUCUCUGUUGGCGUCGAUGCUGCAAUUUGCGUUAAGUUUCACUUGGAGAGGGAACGAAAUCCAGAGAAAUUCAAUAGCAGAAUGAAAAACAAACUGUGGUAUUUUGAGUACGCAACUAGCGAGCAGUUUGCUGCUAGUUGUAAGAACCUCCAUGAAGAUUUGGAGAUAAUAUGUGAUGACAUUCCUUUAGAUUUAGCUCACGGGCCCUCGUUGCAAGGUGUCGCCCUGUUGAACAUCCCCUUUACACACGGGGGCUCAAAUUUAUGGGGUGAACAUCACACGAGGCAUCGCCUUGGAAAGCGUAGAAAACGUCCAGACAAAGAACUGAGCACUAGCAGUUUUAAUUCUGUAGAUUUAAACGCAGCUAUUCAAGAUAUAGGAGACAAUCUCAUAGAAGUAAUAGGUUUGGAAAAUUGUUUACACAUGGGUCAAGUCAAGACAGGUCUCAGAGCAUCUGGAAGAAGACUAGCCCAGUGCAGCAGUGUUAAAAUAAAAACUACCAAAAGGUUUCCCAUGCAGAUUGACGGAGAACCAUGGAUGCAGGGACCAUGCACGAUUCACAUCACCCAUAAAAACCAAGUACCGAUGUUGAUGGCUCCCCCUCCGGAGAAAAGUAAAGGAUUUUUUCGCUUUUUAAAGAGGAAAGUUUGCUGUAAUUAUUAUUGUUAUUGAGUGUAUGGUAAGAUUUCACCCAGGAUUGAAGGCUACAGAUAUCGGUAAACCAUUGAUGGUAUUAUUUCACAAUCGAGAGCGAACUAUUGAAAUUCACGAAUGAACAAAUAAUGAAAAGUGAGUACUAAUUAGAUACCAUACCAUUACACUGAUUCAAGUGUAAUAUAUGCCACCUGAAAAAUUUAUCGACAUCUUGUCGUAUAUAAGGAAUUAUAAAUUGCCGACUCUGCAUUUACAUACAAAUAGUAUUAUAUAUACAAUAUUUACUAUAGUAAUUUUUUGAACUCUCGCUUUUUUAACAGAUUAGAUAACCGCAAUCAGGUUCAAUUUAGUAUUUGAUGAUGUACCAAUAGAACAAAAAAUUAACACAUUCGUUGAUAGUACGAGGUCCGUAAACGUCGCUUUAUAUCCCAUAAAUGGUAGAGAGAUAGUUAUAAUAGUAUAAGCCGUGGCGAAUGAAAAACGGUGUUAGUAUAAGAUAAAAGUAAAAUAAAAAUAAAAAACAAACAUAAAUCAAGAAAUAAAUCAAAAAGAGUUUAGAAAACUCCGUCAUAUUCAAAAAUAUAUUUUCUAGCUACGUACAGAUUUAAGUCUCGGAUGAUAUUUUCUGAAUAUCUUAGGACUUGUUGCAACCUGUAUAGUGAAUUAAUAUCAAAAUUAAUACUGAACCGAUUGAUACUCAUGAAUUUAUAUUUAUAUCAUCUAUAGAAUUAUAACAAAUAUAGUAUAAUAUUGAAUAAUGAUAAAACAAUUUAAAAGAAUAAAUAAAUAACAAUAAUUAAUCAGUUAAAUGAACAAAUAAAUCAAAAUAAGAAACUGUUGUUUUUAUAUGGAUGCAGACCAGCAUCCUAUUCUGAAGUCUGAUUGAAAAUAAAACAAAAAAUUAACGAAAACACGAUAGAGAAAAAAAUAAUAACGCCUGUCUACAGAACACAUUACCAAUAGUAAAGCUGACCAGCAUUAUCACAACUAUGGAUGCAUGUGAGCCGAAGUGUACUGCAAUCAAAAAAAUAUAUGCGCUCUGUCUAAUUGUGAAGUAAACUAAAAAAAAAGAAAAAAUAGAUGCGCUAUGUCCAUUGUUGCUUGUUAUUCUACGUUUAUUGUAUGGCGUAAUGAAGCAGGACAUGAAAGUACAGUUAGGCAUAGACUGAUGUCAGCGUAUUUCAGUUAGGAUAAAUAUCAGUAUAAUAUUAGGAGGGUUGAGAUAUUUGAUGUGGUCACUGGCAUUUACACUGUGUGUAUCAAGAAAUUAUUAUUUUUUUUUAACAACUUAUUUCUCAUCUGACAUACCUACGUAUGUACAAACUAUAUAUACCUAAUUCACGUUGCCGAAUCUAUUUUUUCUAUUAGUAUAAUUCUCUACAAUCACGCUUGAUAGGUAUUAUACCUGUAAUCAAUUAACAAACGUUUACUUUUGUCUUUAGAAAUAUACAAAUUAUGGAAUGAUUAUCCGCUGUGUAUUUAUAGUCUAAUGAUAAUAUACUUUUACGUUUUCAGCUAUUUAAUACGUAUUAUAUUGCAUUGUAAAUCUCAGAUGAAAACGAAUAAAGGUGAAUAAUGAAAGGUCUAAUUUAAAACAAAUUGUCCGUGAAUAACGAACGACUUAUAUAUAAAUAAGUAUA